UUAAAGUGUACAUAUAUUUAUUUAGAGAAAAUAUUAAAUUUAUCUGGGCAUUUAGUAAUUAAGUAGAUACUGAGUACAUUUAGUUAAAUAAUCCUUUAUAAUAUUUAUAGUAUAUAAAAUAGCAGUUAUUUACAUAUACCAGUAUGUGCGAAUUGCGAAACUCACCUGCAUUUGGAAAAUGUUGCUGUCUUUCCAGAUGUCGGAAUUUAAAUUCCAACUCCUUAACACAGCCCAGCACUAUCUGGAGUGUGGUACUGAAGACUGUGAGAAGAACUGCCAGUUUUACUGCAAUGAUUGUCACCAAUCAAUAUGUGAACACUGCAGAGAUGAACAUCAGAAGAGUGCGAACACCAAAAACCAUGAAAUGGUCCCUUACCAACAACGCAAAAGACAACUCCCCGAGGAAAAAUGUCAAAACCACAAAACCAAAGUUAUUGAUAUAUUUUGCAAAGAUUGUCAUUUGCCAGGAUGUUCGAAAUGCGCGAUACAGUAUCACCAGGGGCAUGUAUUGCUAGAUUUGGAGAUGCUUUAUUCGGAAAAAAUAGCGCUUUGUCUUUCAAAAAUUUCCCAGCUCGAGCAAUAUUUUGUAUCAACAACGCAGGACCAACAAAAUCGGAUAAAGAAUGAUGCCGAAGAGACAAAGACUUACAUGGAGGGCAUGAGAACUUCGAUCAAGUCUGACGCCGAAUCUUUAAAGCGUCUUGUGGACGAGGUGAUGUUAAAGAAACUAAAAGAAUGUGAUGAAAUUGAGCAGUCAUUGAUCGAAACUUUAAACAACCAAGACAAAGUUUAUAAAAACUACUUGUCUUAUGUCAAUGAUCUUAGAAAAGAGUUAUAUUGUUAUAUAUCGGGUAAAACACUAUCCGACGUUAUUUUUUUCGUUUCUGAGGAAAAUUGUAAGAUUAAACCAAUACCUGUGACAACCGAACCAAUCCUACCGGUCUUUGCAUAUAGUGAUACAAAGCCUUGUUACGAUGAUAUCACCAAACUACUUGGAAAUUUGCAUUUUCCGGACAAUGAACUAAAAACAAGAGAAAUAAAACCAAUGGAAUCUGUAGCUGCAUCACAAGGAGGAAAAGAUGACGAAAACGAAAUGGAACUAUCUGUUGUGAAACAAACACUUUCUCUUUCUUCACCUGUCACCAAAGUCAGGGAGUUCAUUGUCACAAAUGUUGAACACCCGGGUCAUUUGUCAAUAAGUCCUCCCGAUAAAGUAUGGAUUAGCGGCGGCACUGCCUGUAACCUUGUUGAGACAGAUCUACAGGGCAACGAAUUGAAGAAAAUAUAUACUUCAGGUGGUUAUGGCUACCACACAGUCACGUUGGACCGGGAUCUUAUCUAUACAGACGGAGACGAGAAAGCCAUCUUUAGGGUAACACAGGAUAAGAAACCAAUUCAAUUCAUUAAAACAGGAGACUGGGCACCAAUCAGCAUAUACUCCUCCCACAUUAACGGGGAUAUACUGGUGGGGAUGGUAACGGACGAAGAGGCUAAAGUCACCCGGUACAACAAGAUCGGAAAGGAAACACACAGCAUUGAGAGUGACUACAAAGGAGAAAAACUGUAUUCGGAGCCACACUACAUAACAGAAAACAUUAAUGGUGACAUUUGUGCAUCAGAUUAUGAUAUGCAUGCGGUUGUGGUAGUAAAUAAGAUAGGACAACACAGGUUUAGAUACACUGGCUGCUCAAAAGGGUUUUUCCAAAUGAUGUCCUCGUUUAUAAUAAAAGCGCCAGAGUUCUUGCCUUAUGGAAUCUGCACAGAUGCUCUUGGUCACAUUUUGGUUUGUGAUUUUAACAGCAACGCCGUCCACCUUCUUGACCAGGAAGGUCAGUUCUUGUCCCUCGUAAUCACAGAGAAACAAGACAUACAGUGUCCCCUUAGUGUGUGUGUAGAUGAUGAGAACAAUCUGUAUGUUGGCCAGCAAUCCACCAACACAGUGAAAGUGUUCCAGUAUCUGAAGUAGAAUAAUGACGAUGUCAGUAUUUUUUGUCUGUAAAGUUCUACACUGUCAUUGUGAAUUUUUGUCGGUAUCCACUUUCUCAUUGUUUGAAAACAUCUGCAAAGAUAUAAUUAUGUUUGAUGAAGCGAAAACUGUACUAAAAGAUAAUGCAGAAAACAGGAUUCAUCAAAUCAUUGUGUGAAACAGAUGAACAGACUGCAUAAAUGAUUGUGAGAGCGGCAUUAGUCUUAGUAUACUACCGUUAGGAAGUUUUGAAUUACUCAAUAUUUAUUUGUUUAACAGCAGUACUUGUCCACAUUCCCGAGGAGCCCUAUGAUGUCUGAAUACUGACACUUGAACUCUAGUGGCAAGGUUCUCCCUCCCUGGAGGGGGAUGGUGGUGGUGUACAGCAUGAUGGGUCUGCUACUUGGCACACCGUUUCCAUACUCCUGGGCAGGGGUGGCGUUGUUGGAUGAUACCUGAGGUUGAAAAUCAACUGCCUGAACAGUGUUGCCAAUCAACAUGCUGCCCCUGAUAUACACAAGCUUACUCUUGGAUAGUUGUGGAGAAAUAGCAGGUGUGCUACCAAAGGCUGGUAUGUGGGCUGUACAGGCCCCAACAGGCAUGGGAUUGGAGAGG